AUGAGUGAAGAAGAAAGUGCGGAAUGUACUGCAAAUAUCGUUCAAGAUAUUCAGAUAGAAACACAAACAACAAGUGAUGAAGUAACUCAGACAGAUGGAAUUGAACGAAAUCUACGGGAUAUACUUGGGUCAAACCCGAUCGAACCCUAUGAAGAUUCCGGUUCCGAAUAUGUUCCAGAACACCGUAGUGGAAGCACGUCACCAAAUUUGCAACACAUCCUUGAUGGUUCGGCUGAUGAAAAUGUUGCAACUUUACUAGGCAACUAA